CUCGGAAGAUUCAACCUCAUCCACGACAUCAACCAUGCGCGCGUGCAUCACCUUCGUAGUGGCAUUGGUCUCCCUUCUUGCUACCAGUAGUGCGGUUCUGGCAGCAACGGCUUCGACUCCAACCGGGUUGGCGCAGUACGCAUCUCCCGGACUGAUUGACAAGCGCCAGCAUCACAGUGUUCGCUCCCUGAGACAACAUGAAGAUGCCAAAUUGGACAACGAAGAGCGAGCCUCCGUGAGCGAGUUUGCGAAGAAAUUAUUUAGCAAGAAGCAACGCUACAUGAAUUUGUUCAAGAAAACUAACGAAGAGCUCGCGAAGAAAAACUACGGCCCCGACAAACUGAAGAAUGCCCUGAAAUAUCUAAAAGAGAACGGGGUCCGUAAAGAAAAGCUGGCAGGAUUCAGUAAUAAGGCGGAUGACUGGGAGGGUUUCUGGUACCGCACUUCCAAGCUCGAUCCUAUCAGGGAUUAA